AGAAGCAAANGAGGACCAGGACGAUGAAGAGGAACAUGACGACGAAGAAGAAAGUGACGCAGAGGAGCCCGGCAAUGAGGUCAUAAGGAACGGUGAGAUGGAAAUCCGAAGCCUGAGCUUGAAUGACAUGUCCAGUGAGACGUCGGACGAGGACACGCCUGCCGAAAGUCAACCCAAGACCAAUGCUAUAUUGGGCAAAUCUUCCUUUUUCCAAGGCGGGGAAAGCGAAGACGAAGUCGAAGAAACCGAAGAAGAUUCGCAAAAUCAUGAAGUAGAUGACUCCAAGCGAUUCCAGGGCGACUCAUUCUUUGGUCAUGUGGGCGACCAACGGGGACGAUACCGUAGUCAUCGAGGCGCGAGUCGAGGUGAUCGAGGACGAGGUCGCAGUCAAGAUCAAGGCUCCUAUGGCCC